AUGGACGUGCCGAGGCCGACCAGUCGGGUCGAGAUUGUCGCCGCAAUGCGUCGUGUUCGCUAUGAAUUCAAAGCGAAGGGCGUGAAGAAGCGCAAGGUGACCGUAGACGUAUCAACAGACGGAGUACGAGUCACAACUCGCAUGCAGAAAACUAAGGCAAAGUCACUUGAAUCCAUUCUCCUGAAGAAGAUGACAGAAUUUGAGGCACAACUGAAAUCAACAACGGAGCCGUCUUCGGUUGGUGUCCUUUACGAAGAGUUCAGAAACUUCAGGGAGACUGUUUCAAGCAUCUUCAGUGUCCUUCAACAGCAAAUACUGAGCCUUACUCUUUCUGUUGACUCCAUUGAGGCUAGACAGCGUAGCAAAAGUUUGCUUUUUUAUGGUGUGCCAGAGGAAACCAAGGAAAACACUAGUGAUAUCAUAGUUCAACUAAUUCAGGAGAAACUCUCUAUUGAGAAUGUUGGACCUUCUCACUUCAAGGCUUGUCACCGUCUCGGGGCUCGAGUUGAGGAUCGCCCUCGUCCUAUUCUUGUGAGGUUCAGAGACCACACAGCAAAGACUUCAAUCUGGAUGAAGAAGACCGCUCUUAAGGGCACAUCGUUUGUAAUCACCGAGUUCCUAAUCCUUGAUCCAGGUUUUAUUUUGAAACCUUCCCAACUGUUGGGGCACAGACCUUCCCAGCUGUUGAGGCACAGACCUUCCCAAUUGUUGAGGCACAGACCUUCAAAAAAUGAUGAGGCACAGACCUUCCCAACUGUAGAAGCUCAGACCUUCCCAACUGUUGAGGCACAGACCUUCCCAACUGUAGAGGCUCAGACCUUACUAACUGUUGAGGCACAGACCUUCCCAACUGUUGGGGCACAGACCUUCCCAGCUGUUGAGGCACAGACCUUCCCAAUUGUUGAGGCACAGACCUUCCCAACUACCUUCCCAACUGUUGAGGCACAGACCUUCCCAACUGUAGAGGCUCAGACCUUACUAACUGUUGAGGCACAGACUUUCCCAACUGUUGAGGCACAGACCUUCCCAACUGUAGAGGCUCAGACCUUACUAACUGUUGAGGCACAGACUUUCCCAACUGUUGGGGCACAGACCUUCCCAGCUGUUGAGGCACAGACCUUCCCAAUUGUUGAGGCACAGACCUUCCCAAAUGAUGAGGCACAGACCUUCCCAACUGUAGAAGCUCAGACCUUCCCAACUGUUGAGGCACAGACCUUCCCAACUAGGAGUUCCAGUUCUAAGCUGUUCAGCCGCGGCAGUCGUAACAGCGCCAGCAGUGACUGCAUCGAGAUCAUGCACCACCCCAUCUACCGCAUCUUCUACGUCUCCCACGACAGCUCCGACCUCAAGAUCUUCUCGUACAUCGCGCGAGAUGGCGCCACCAACUUAGAUACGUGA